CACACACCAAUUUAGCAUUUCAUCACUUACAAAUAUGGAUUGCCUCAUCACCACUCUUCCACUGCUCCUCCUCCUCAGCCUCUUCACAUCUACCUCCGCCGUCAACUUUGAAGUUCGUAACAACUGCCCCUACACAGUUUGGGCAGCCGCAACCCCAGUUGGCGGCGGCCAACAACUCAACCAAGGCCAAGUCUGGAACAUUAACGUGCCGCCCGGCACAAAAAUGGCACGUAUAUGGGGUCGCAAAAACUGCAACUUCGGUGGUGGCGGAUGCGAGACCGGCGACUGCGGUGGGGUGUUACAGUGCACUGGGUGGGGUAAACCGCCGAACACCCUGGCUGAGUUCGCCCUAAACCAAUUCAACAACCUCGACUUCUUCGACAUCUCCAACGUCGACGGUUUCAACAUCCCCAUGAGCUUUGGCCCCACCAGACCCGGCGCCGACAAAUGCCACACAAUUUCAUGCACGGCGGAUAUCGUCGGCCAAUGCCCCGCCGCUCUUAGGGUCCCCGGAGGGUGUAACAACCCUUGCACCACCUUCCCAAGACCGGAAUAUUGCUGCACCAAUGGACCAUGUGAUCCUACAGAUUAUUCAAGGUUUUUCAAGACCAGAUGCCCUGAUGCUUAUAGUUACCCUAAGGAUGAUGCCACCAGCACUUUCACUUGCCCUGGAGGAAGUACUGAUUAUAGGGUUGUCUUCUGCCCAUGAUCAAAGUAAUCAAUUCCCCAAGUUGGAAUUUGUGGAAGUAUUAAUGCCUUAUAAUGUUAAAAGUAUAAAGGCUUUAAAUAAAUCUUAUGAAUAAGUCUGCAUUAUAUAUAUUUUGUAAUG